GGUCGAGGAGGCCUAAAUAUAGAUGGCGACGUAGUAUUCUUGGGCUGGAUGCCCUUACAUGAGAUUAGCAGUUGAUUUAGCGAGCACAUGAUUGAUGAAGGAUUCAUGUUUGUUUCGUUUCAGUGGUGACGUGAGAAUAUCAGGCCGGGGAGCUAGGUAUUACCUGGCAGGGCCCUUUCCCUUGCACAGUAGCAUUAGCAUUAGCAUUAGCAGCUUACUUAUAGCACUGCUGUGCCCCGGGUCGCUACGCUGGGCCGAGACGCUAAUUCGCGCCUUGCAGUCGCAGCUACUCAGCCAUCCACAGCACUGUUCGUCAUCUACAUACGUAUAUCUACGCUGCCCGUCUGUUCUUCUUCUCCCUUUCUCACUGCAAACGCCGACUGCCUGAUCGUCUCUUCCUGCGAGACGCACGCUCCAGCCCGAAUAUUGUAGUGCCGUCUUUUCCGUUGUGAACUGUCCCCAGUUUCCGCCGUCACAAUACGUCUUUUAGCCAGCGCCCG